AAGAGCAGGCAGGGAAGCAUAGAGAGGGAUGCAUAAAAGCAGACAGGGAGGUAGAAGGACAGCAUGAGAGACAGCCUGCUUUGGAAAGUAACACAGGGAAAGAGAUUGACCGUUGGGUCGAGAUAGUAACAGGAGUGGAGUUAGAAUUUAGCAACAAGGGGACAAAGGAACUAACAGAGAAUAUGUAUGGGGAGGCAGGGUUUACAAUGGCCUCAGUUAAAAAUACAGAGGCCUCAUUUGCCCGAAGAGUGCCCAUCAAACAUGAUGGACGAGAGAGAGCAGUGGAAAGAGAGGUAAAGCGAAUGAAAGAAGAAAGCGAGAGAGGGAUGGAGAGGGCGAGGAGCACAGAGAGAGAGGUGGUGGGUGGAAGACAGGCAGAACCUCAAAUGCGGGAGAGAACGGGUUCAGACUUUAGGAGAGGAUCAGACGCAAGGGACAUAAAGAGGGUGUCAGAAGUAAGGGACUGCACAAUUUCAGUUGAAACAACUCAGCAAAACUGUGUGAUCACCCUCUCCGUAGACAGAGCCAGUCCUCCUCAGUUUGUUGAUAAUCAUUACAGACAUGUGUCAGCAUUUACAGAGUGCUCAUCAACCUUGCUUGGCACUGUGGUGCAUAGAGGAACAGAUUGGCAUAGUAGCCAAGGAGCACCGGGGCACCAUCCAACCCAGUCAGCACUGUCACAGCACACAGAGGAUCUUAUCAACAAGAUAGAGAGAGUGGGAGGGACAGUGAAUGAACGUGACAAUCACAAAGGGACCCAAACAUUGACUCAGGAUAGCAAAGGCGUGAUGAGGGAAGACACAGAGACUGAGAGAGGGCGCAAAGCUUAUAGGGUGCCAGGUGAGGUAAGCAAGGACAGCACACAUCCACCUGGCGCACACGUGCACAGUCAUGUUUAUCCCGAAAAGUCAGUUCAGGAAGUGACCCCUAAGUGUCCUAAGUCUCCAAAGUGUGUUGCCUCAGUUGGAAUCCCUCCAACGUCACUUGAGAUACACAUACCCAGAACAGUGUUCUAUGGUGUGGGGGAGGCAAGCCUCCAAAGCGAAGACGACCAGAGCUGUGAAGGAGAGGGAGGGAAAGGUGUGGAGAGGAGGGAUAGUUGGAGGAUUGGCAAGCCCUCUCACAUCGAAUCCUUGCAAGAGAAAAUCCAGCAGAGAGAGAAGGAGAGGCUGAAGAACAUAGAGGGAGUGGCAGCGACGGGGGAUGAUGGAGAUGCGACUGAGGGGAUGGAAAAGUCUGGGACUAGAAGUACUAGAAAAGCUUCAAGUUCAGACUGGUAUGAGGAAGGAGAGAGGGGGAACGAAAUGGAGCGAGAGAGACAGAGACAGGAAGGCUCUGCACCACAGACAACAUCCACUCAGUUUGACGUCACACAGGAAGUGAGCGUGUCGAAAGCCGUCCCCCAGCUUCCUGUUCCUCUCUCGUUUUUGCAAGCUGUCAAAGGAGAGAAAGAAACCGGGGUGAUCUCCAUCACAGCCUCUGAAGUAGCCUUGUUCAGCUCUCACGCGACUGAGAGAGAGGAAGAUCCAACAAAACAUGUAGUAGAGGAGUUGCGGUGCGACAGGGGUCAGCAGAGAAAACAGGACACCAGAGGCAGUGGAGGUAGAGGAGAAGAAGGAGAGGAUAAACUCUCGGAGGAAGAGUACAGGCUGCAUUAUUUGCCUCCUUCACACUCUCCCUCACCCUUAGACUCUCUCUCCCCCUCUCCGCCUCACCCUCACUCUCUUGCUGAGAUGAGCCGGAUCUAUAACUUGAAAACGGUGGGGUCCAGGACGGCAGUGUGCGUGAGUGACAGGACCGUGGAUAGGUCUAUCCCAUCACACACUCCCAAGGUACAGUCCCACAUAACAGCAGAACAACAGGAGACAUGCAGUCCAGAGAGAUCAGUUGGGAGGCUGACACAGAAGCAGCUGUGGGGUGGUGGUGGGGCACCUGGGAAUAAGGCCUCUUCAAGCGAUGAGAAGUCCGGACUUCAGACUGUACAUUGUCAGGUGGAACAGCUUCAGUUGCGAGAACAACAGGAAGUACAGAGACCAUCACACGACGACAACGCAGCAUGGUCGUCUUUUAUACAAAAAACUAAUUUGAAAGAUAAAGAGUCUAAAGCUCAGCAAAGCCCCAGGAUAUCACACAACCAGCCUAAUAAGGAACCUCAGCAGAAGCAUCCGAGGCAAAAGGACCAGCAAACACUCCUAAAUCCCAGAAAAUCUCAGUCCAAUCUGCAACUGCACUCUGAAAGGCCUCCUCAACCCAAGCAGACCCAGUCCAACCAACCCAAACAGGCCCGGUCCAUUACUAUCAACUCCAGAUCUCUCCUGACCCCCUCUCCUGAGAACUCAAUUCACCCAGACCAGGGAGUCCCACCCACCCCAUCAUCCUCCCCAUGCUCACCCUCCCCAUCCCAGUCCCCCUCCGUCUCUCCUUCUCCUUCCCAUUCUCUGACCCAUUUCACCAUCAGAAGCUCCUCUGGAGGCCAGCAGGUCAAGAGGGGCACCACCAUCACCAUCACCCCCAGGAAGCCUGUUGGAGGGGCAGCCGUGGAAGCAGUUUCAGUAUCCUCAGGACCCCCGGCCAAGACGUCUUCCCAGGCUCAGAUGCCUGUCCUAACCGAGGUAGUAGAGAGAGGCAAGAAGAGGUACCCCACUGUGGAGGAGAUCGAAGUGAUCGGCGGGUAUCAGAACCUGGACAAGUCCUGCCUGGUCAAGACUCCCAAAGCAACUCCCAAAGGGGUGAAGGUGUGCUUCGAUGAGACCCAGCUGGAGCAGGUGUGUGAGUACCCAUCAGAGACCUCUAUGCUGGCCUCUACCCCCUACCCAUUACCUGGUCAGGAGGAAGGGAGGGAGGAGGAGGUGCAGGAGGAAGAGGAGGAGGAGGAGGAGGAGGAGAGAGGAGUGCUUGUGUCCAGGAGCAGCAGGAAUGUGGGGGCAGCGGCUGGCCUGAGAGUAGAUGAGUCUUGCCAUCGGUAGACGUCAGUCGGCUCGCCAAAUUGCUCAAGUUAUGUGAUUAAUAUUUGAUUUUAUCUAGCAAUAUGAUUUUUGUUUUCCUGUAUUUUGUUUCUUUGAAAUGAUUGAUUUAAUGUUUAUAAUCUUUUUUGAAGUACAAUGUUUUAUUUGACAUAGGAUCAGGGAUUAUUGGUUUUGAAUAAAAAAAUAACCGUUUUAUGUAGUUUAUGAGAUGAAUGGUGGAGCCUGUAGCGGAGCAUGACUGGCAAAUCAAAUUAAAUAAACUCCUCUAUUUAAUGGUAAAAGUGUAAAGAAAAUAUGAAAACAUGGUACAUAUUGUAGCCUAUAAGUUUGAAUAUAUACGCGUGUUGUAUUUUUACCAUCAGGUGUGUACUGUUGGGUGAUGAUCACAUGUCUAUGCAAGUUAGUGGAAUACAAAAGUAUGGUAAAAGGGUCCGGUCAGUUUAGUUUUAGUUAGCUUAGUUCAACAACAUAACGGCUCUACUGUAAAUAAACUCUGCAUCAGCACUGUAACGAUUCAGGUUGCAUUCCAAAUGGCACAUUAUUCACUGUAGUGCACUACUUUGACCAGAGACCUAUGGGCCCUGGUCAAAAAUAGUGCACUAUAAAGGGAUUAGAAUGUCAUUUUGGACGCAUCCUCAAUGAUGCUUAUAUCAUCUGGUCCCUGUGCCUGCUGGAUUUGCUCAUACAGAUGAUAUAAAGAUCUGGGCACAGAUUCAUAAAACCUUCUUAAGAAAUGUCUUCUUAACUGCCAUUUUUUCCUUAACUAUAGACUUAUGAAGAAAGUUAAGCAAAGUUGCUAUUCCUGAAAAAGGUUAUUGGAAAUGUUCUUGCCCUAUUUCUUAUGUUUCUCCUUAAGCAAAAAGUUAAGAAGAAAUUAGAUUCUUGAAAAUAACAUUUUUGGAUUUGUUCUUAAUUCCAAGAUAGCUAAACCCUUGUCUUAAACUCAGGGCAGUGAGAGAAUAAGCUCAUGAAAGCAAUUGAACAUUCACUCACAAACUUAAUCUGAAAGUUUCAGUAUUUAUUAUUUUAAACCCAAGAACAUGUUUUAGAACAGUAAUCUCAGUAGGAAAUAUGCUAACAUGAUUGCCGGUUGCCUAGCAACAAACAUCUUAAGAAGAUUCUAACAAGAUAUUUGAGAAGUUUGUCGGAAAAUCAUUAAAUCUUAAGAUAUUGUUGAGGAAUUGCACUUACGAACUAUCUUAUGAACUUCUUAUUUUUUUUCUUAAGAAGCUUCUUAAGUUUUUGCGUAAUGUGAUUUGUGAAUCUGGGCCCAGGUAAUCUACAAGUCCAAGAUGCAUUUGGAGCCUUGGGAACACCCCUCAUAUGUAGUUUCUGGCAAACCGUGGCUAUAUGGCUAUAUGUAACAUCAUGACAAUUCUCUUUUGUUCAAUUACUGUUUCUGUUUGAACCACAAAAUGGAUUUCAGCUAGCCUUAAUGCAGAUGAUUGAAAACACUGAUGAUACAUUAUGGAAUGAUCACCAAUACACAUUAAUAUGAUAUAUUUUUUUAUGUAUCACUGUUUGCCCUCUAGUGGAAUUAAUGUGGUAGAAUGAAAAACAGUAGUAUAUCUACUGUAUCUAUAGUACUUUGAAAGCAUAGUUUUGAAUGGAAAAGGUAUUAUGUUUGUGUCUCUGGUGUUACUAUGUGAGACUACAGCACAUGGGUGAUGUGGGUGAAAAAAAUACCAUGAUUUAUGGGAUUUUUACGACAUUGAAUCUAUAAAAUUGUCAUUCGGAGGAGGGAUUGUUGACAUAUAUUUAGCAUUUGUAUCUAGAAGCAUAAUUGAGAAAUAACUCAUCAAAGUUGGCAUAUUUAUGACAUUUUGGUCUUACCCAGGUCUCUUUUAAGACUCCAUAAUGUUUUAUCUGUAGUUGCUACAAAGCAAACAUUGGUGGCAUUUGAAGCUUUACCGUUUGCUCGGUAAUAUGAGUAGUAUUUUGUUUUCAAUAACAAUUUUCUUACAUUCAUUUAUGAAUACAGAAUUUUAAUUAUUUUUGAUUCAGCUAUUGUUUCUAUAUAUUGUUGAAAAUAAUAUACUUUAUGGACAUAUCAAAGUUCCAGAGUGGGAUCUCUGCUACUUUUAGAGUUAUGAUCCAAUUUGUAAGCAUUAACAACAGAGUGAAUGUGAAAAUUGAUUCAAAAUGGUUGCCCUCUGCUGGUGAUUUGCACGAUGUACAAUAUAUAAAAAAAGUGACAAUAUUUUCUUCUUCUAUAUUCUUGUUUAUAUUAUAUUCAUUAAUUAAUGUAAGAAAAUUGUUAUUGAAAUCAAAAUACCACUCAUGUUUCAAAGUAAGUGGUAAAGACAUGAAAUGAAACAUUAUGGCGUCUUAAAGGAGGCCUGGGUAAGGCCAAAAUGUAAUAAAUAUGACAACUUCGAUUAAUUAUUAUCAAUUCUGCUUUUAAAUACAAAUGUCUAAUAUGUCAACCAUCCUUCCUCCAAAGGAGAAUUCUAUGGAUUAAACGUCAUGAACAUCCCUCAAAUCAUGGUAUUUUUUUGUCCUGGUUUCGUGAGGAAUCACCGACAUCCCAAAUAAGGGCACAAACGUUAUAAUGGCUCCUUGGGAUGCUGAAAUCUCAAUUUUAGGUGCUCUUUUUUGAUGAAAAAGAAUCUAUAUGAAGAAUAUCUGAUUUAUGCUCCCACGUGUGCAAUUUUAAUACUUUGUUUUAUUCUUUCUGUUUUCUAUUGUGGUCGAAGAAGCUGGCUUCAUGAGAGAAAAACAUCAAAUAAAUUAUUUGAAACUAA